AUGGCAACUAACAGGGAAGAAGAAGAAGAAGAAAAAGUAGAUGAUUUUCUUAGACCUCUUAGUGUUUUAAUGACUGAGAUGGUACAGAAUGAUAAUGAUAAUAUAUAUCAAGAUGAUAUUGAUCCUUUGUUAAAAUGUACAAGUGUAAAUACUUUUUCUGAUGAUGAUAAUAAUAAUAAUAAUAAUGAACAAGAUAAAACACUUAUUAAUCAAGCAAGUCAAGUAGAUUUAGUAAAUCCAAAACCCAGUAAAAGAAUAAAAACACCAAAACGUCCGAGAAAAAUCAAAUCAGCAGCAAAACAAUCAUCAGAAAAAAAAAUACCAAUGUCAUCCUUACAAACUGAUGUCAAUUCAACAAAACUAUCAAAAUUAACAAUAACAACAAAAACUGAAGAUAAUAAUAAUAAUAAUAUAGGAAAACAUCAAAUAACAGUCGAUACAAGUAAAGCACGUUCGAAUCUUGAUGUAGUUCGAAUGUGUAUUAAAGAACUUGGAUGGAAAGAAUGUACAUUUAGUACAAUGCCUGAUUCUGAUAUUUAUUGGCAUUCAUCAUCAUUUCAUGAGGGUAAUACAAAUUUUACAAUUAAUUCAGGUCGAAUUAAUAAAUUUCCAAGUAUGAAUGAUUUAUUACGUAAAGUUCAUUUAACACGUUCAUUAAAUAAUAUGAGAUUAUUAUUUCCAAAUGAAUUUGAUUUUUAUCCUAAAACAUGGUUUUUACCUGAACAAAAUCAACAGUUUAAAGAUGAUGUACGUUAUAUUCAUCAACAAGAUAGAAAACAUGAUCGUUCAUUAACAACAUUCAUUGUUAAACCAUCAGAUGGUUCGCAAGGUGAAGGUAUUUAUUUAGUUCGAGAUCCAGCUCAUUAUAUUGUUACUAAUCGUCCACAUGUUAUACAAGAAUAUCUCGAUCGACCAUUAUUAAUUAAUGGACUUAAAUUUGAUUUACGAAUUUAUGUUCUUAUUCUAAAUAUAUAUCCAUUAGAAAUCUAUUUAUAUGAUGAAGGACUAGUUCGUUUUGCAACAAUUAAUUAUAAUCCACCAUCAACUGAAAAUCUUCAUCAAACAUAUAUGCAUUUAACAAAUUAUUCUUUAAAUAAACGGAGUUCAAAUUAUAAACAUGCAUUUGAUAGUAAACAAACUGAUGGGAGUAAACGUACACUGAGUACCGUUUGGGCUCAAUUGAUUCAUAUGUUUGGUGAUGAUAAAAUAGAAAAAACAAAAAUAUUAAUUACAGAAAUGAUUAAUAAAACUAUUUUAGCAAUUUUACCUGAACUUCGUGUUGAAUAUGAAUUUGAAUUACCAUCUGCAAAGAAAUCUAAUGUAUCAUGUUUUCAAAUUGUUGGUUUUGAUAUUAUUCUUACGGAUGAUUUAAAACCAAUGUUAUUGGAAGUUAAUGCAAAUCCUUCACUUCGAAUUGAUUUUGAUAAAGAAAAUGAUACAGGAAAAUUAGUUUAUCAAUCAAGUCCAAUAGAUGAAGAAAUUAAAAAACCAUUAAUAUUAGAAACACUCAAAUUAGCAUUGCCAAAGAAAAAAUUAAAUACACUAGCACGUCAUAAUCAAAAAGAAGCGAACGAUGAAUUAUUAUCACAACGUCUUGAAAAAGUAGCUCAACGUCGGAUUGAUGAACGAUAUGAAAGAAUUAAAAGUGCACGAAAACAUUUUGAUUUAAAAUCCAAUCCAUUAUUCUCUCGACCACCUGAACGUAAAAAAAAAGAAUCUGAAGAUUUACAACAAGAACAAAUGAAACCAUCAACAAAUCUUCUAAUUAGAAAAACGAAAAACAUCUCCGAUACAGAAGAAGAUGAUGAUGAAAUUGGACCACCUAUUACAUUAUUACCUGAAACAAGUUCGAUUCAUCCAUAUCGAAUAUCAUCUGCUAUGAGUAGACGACCAAUUAUUAAAUCUGCAACAAGUCGUUAUCGAUCAACAAUUCGAAUUGAAUCCGAUAAAAAAUUAAAACUUAUUUUUUCAUCAAUUCAAAAAACAAAAUAUCAACAUUUAAUUUUAUUAGAUAAAAUUGCUUAUAUUUACAUUCAAUUUGUUACUAUACUUGGACAUAAAACAAUGACUAGUCUACAAUUUCGUAGUUUUAUAAAUAUAUGUGGAAUUAAUAAUGAAACAAUUACAACAUCUUCAAUAGAUAUUCUCUAUUAUCAAAUAUUAAGAAAAUGGCAACAAUUUGUUUUACGUACUCCUUCAACAGGUUUACCAUUUUCAGCUUUUAUUGAAGCAUUUUUUCUCUUAUCUCAACGUAAAUUUCCCGAUGCUUCUUCGCUACUUGACAGUGUUAAUCAAUUACUUACUAUUUGUGUUCGUAAUAUAAAUUUAUCUUUACAAACUUCAUCCUCCUCUGUACCUCAACAAUCAAAUCAAUAUCAUUCGUCACAUUUAACUCGAGUAAACAGUUCGAUUAAUUCAUCGUCAUCAUCAAAUAAUCAUCCUAGUAUUCUAUCUGCUCGUUCGACAAAUCGUCCAACAACUGCACCACCUUCUGCUCAUAGAACCAUAACAACAACAGCAACAACAAAAAAUGAUGAUAAAACAAAACAAUUAGUCAAAAGUGUUUUUCCUCUUUUUUUCAAUGUUUUAUAA